CUUCAUUGCCACAUCACAUUCAGCUUUCCAGUCUGAUAUCCUAAGGAUGAUUCAUACCAUCAAGCUCACCCUGGAGCAUCAUACAGCGCUACUUAAUCUGAUGUUGGCCAAAUUUGCAACAGCUCCUGCAGAGCAGGCUCCAAGUGAUGAUCCUCUUGCUGAACCAUUCCAAGACCUUCAAGCGUUCCUGCAGUUCGACGCCCGAUACUCAGCUCAAGCACAGAGGAUGGAGAUGGAAAAUGCCCUGAUGCGAUAUGGAGGAACCGACGAAAAAGACACCACAAAACGGAUCCUGUCACAUUUGAUGUCUGACACAGUUGCACAACAGUUCAGCUAUAGAGGGCGCAAGGGAAAGGAAAACUUCAGCGCUCUCAAUAUGUGCAAGAUCAUCAUUAGAUCCGUGCUCAAGAACCCACGGGCCAAAGGUGUAACUGAGGCGCAGGUCGAAGAAUACAUCAAGUCGUGGUUGGCGCAUGCGACAGAGCGAGUGCAGAGGGCAGGUCCGACAGAAGACGCUUAAGGUGGAUGGAGCAUGCAGAGGGGAAGUCGUCUUGCCUCGGGGAUGCUUGCCUGGCCUCUGUAAAUGAAAAGACAUGGGAUCCCUGGAGGAGUUCGUCUUGGAAGAGUUUUGAGCUGGUACUCGCCUUGACGUGGUGCCCAG